AUGAUCGCCGAACACGAUGCGCAUGACGGCGCAGCAACUGCCAGUCCCGUAGUAAUGGAGCCCGACCAUGCUUCUGAGAAUGAACACACGGAGAAGCCUCUGGAGGCUCUUCCGGAGGAACGCGCUCAAGCUACAACGACGGCAACCCCCGUGGCCCAAGAAGAAGAUUUGGCGACUAAGGCCCUUCAAUUCUUAUCGACAGCCACGCCAGGAACCCUCGGAGGCAUAGCCGUUGCGCUCGCAGCCGUAACAUACUUUAUACUGGGGCAGAUUGGCUUGGUUUUGAUCGGCGCAUUUGCUGGCGUCACCCUCUUCAUAUCCUAUGAAGCAAAGCAUCCUGAGGUGUCGCGUGCCGUGCGCCGAGAAAAGGGUUAUGAUUUCUUGGACCGCUUACUCGACACCAACCCUCAAGCCACAGCAUCCAGAAUCGACCAAGACGACGAGGACGACUCACAAGCCCUGGCGCAAAGCUUUGAUCAAUUUCAGCCCGAGACGCAGGAUGCUCUCACCAGCUUGGUUGAUGCUGUCAUCCGUGACUACGUUGACUGGUGGUAUGGUCCGAUCAUCCCAUCCGAUAGAUCGUUUCCGCUGUCUUGCCGCAAAGUCUUGACAUCUUUCCUCCUGUCCGUCUCGAAUAGACUGAGCCGCAAGCGCCCUGCCGACGCAUUUGUCGAUUUUCUCACCAAUACCUGCUCGAUCAUCAUAGUCUUUUUUUCCGAGAUGACAGCUGCUUAUGCGUCGGUCCCCACGGACAGCUCCAUUACCGCAGCUGACGCCAUUUACAACUACCUGUCUACCAACACCGAGUCUGCACUUUCCAAUCUGCUCAACCAGAGACAACAGGCGAGCAAGUUCAAGAUGGUAGCCGAAGAUCUGCUGGGAUUCCUGGAGAGGUCUACCUACGACUGCGACCCUGCCAGAAUAUUUUUGAGAGAGGUUCUGGCCCAAUCUGUCCUGGAAGGAACUCUGCAAACUUGUUCGAAAGCGGAAUGGCUCAAUGGCUGGAUAGUAUAUCUGCUGGAGUCGGGAGAGACGGACCUCUCGCAAGCCAUUGACGAGGCUAUACAGGAUCAAAAGGCUUUUGCUGAUGUCGAUGGGAAUUUCGGCAACAUUAGCUUAUCCAAGGGCAACCGCAAUAGCUACGAAAUGGAUCGAGCACGAAAGAAGGAGAUGACUCACAAGAAGAAGUUGUCAAAGGCAGACGAAGAGAUGGAACGGGCCAUGGAAGAGAUGAAGAAAUUGAACGAUAUGAUCGCCGAGGCCGAAAAGUCCAAGCCUACGAAUACGACUAAUGGGCAAGGUUCAAAUGCCUCGGAACUUUUGGAGGAUGCAUUAAAGUCAAACGCCGAAGAGCUUGAUCUUCAGGGGAAUCAGCAGAUUGGCGCAAAGUCUGCGGCCGAGACUUUCCGGGAGCUAUCCCUAGAAGCCAAAGACCAGAUCAGUGACUUGGCGCCUGGAAUCCAGAUGCGCAAAGAGGUGCCAGUCCAAUUGCCAAUCACUCCAAAGUCAUCUAUGGACAUUUCCCGGCAGAACCCGUCUCCCCUAUCAGGUCAAGCCCCGAGCCAUACGCGGUUCACGCGCUUUGAUCAGAUCGUCCCGCCUGCUCAGGAUGAUCAAGAAGAGCCCCGAAGACCGCCGCCGCUGACACUCCACAAUGCAACUAUCACGAUAUUGGAUGACCCCGGCACCGACAAAAGUCGACUUCGCACAAAGCCAACUUGGGAGUAUCUUGUCCAAGUUGAGCCAGCUUCGUCUCAUCACCCUGGAUGGAUGAUCAUGAAAACAUAUCCGCAAUUUGAAGCACUCCACGAAAGCUUGCGUCGUAUAGCGGCUAUCUCUGGUGCCACCGCUUUUCUCGAAGCCCAUGCUACGUUUGCUGCUUGGAAGCUCCACACUCGAGAGUCGUUGCGUGGUGAGAUUGAACGAUAUAUGCGUGCCGCGUGCUCAGAAAAACCUCUGGCCGAGUCGGAAGCCAUGAAGAGGUUUUUGGAAAAGGGACAAGACAAUAGAAUGUCUGCUCAGCGGGGCUUCUCUUUCGAAUCGAUGGGUAAGGGGAUGCUGGAUGCUGUGCAGACCGCCCCGAAGGGCCUGUUUGACGGUGGUAAAGUAGUCGUCGGUGGUGUGACUGGUGUGCUUGGCAACAUCGGACUGGGCCAGCGCAAGUCGACCAUUUCCUCUGUCCACGAAGUAUCUGAAGAGCCCAAAACCAAUGGCAGCGUCGCAAACAGACCCCUCUCAUUGUCUGCACUUCCGAGAGUGGACACAGCAACUACUUCCAGGUCUCGAGAAAGUAUGGAAAGCACGAGAUCUUCCAUCAUCUCGACCCAACCGGGGAAAAUGCCUCCCAUGGAUCGAAGAGCUAGCUACCAGCUUGACUUUGAGCAGGAUGGACUGCAACCAAACCAAUACGAUCGGUGGGAUCGCAAGUCGGUCAGCGCAACCAGUAGCAGAGGCAAUAGUCGUGCGUCCAGCAUGGCUGCGCUUCGGUCGCCCAUGAAGUCCCCGUCAGAGAGCAACCUCGCCAACGUGAAACUCCCGCCCAUGCCUUCUGAGAUACCAGAUGACUAUGGCUCUCCCAACGGAACUCGGCAAAGUAGUGACACGUAUUCCAGGAGUGAAAACAAUCUACUAUCGCCACAGACUUCAUUCUCAUCCCCGUCGCAAUCUCAGACAUCCCAUCAGCACAAACGAUCAUCAGUUAGUGACUACUUGGCAAAACGGCCCAAGAAGGAAUUCCAUCCUUUGUCUGAACAGGAGACACGAGUGGCAGUCGAGCUACUCUUUGCAGUCAUUAAUGAGCUGUACACUCUGUCUUCUGCUUGGAAUAUCCGAAGGACCCUGCUCACAGCUGCAAAGUCUUUCCUCAUCAGACCGGGCAACCCGUCCCUUGUAUCGAUUCAGACACUCAUUCAGGAAACUGUCCUGGACGCCAACACGUCCGAUGCGGGCAUUGCUUCGCACUUGCGCAAGCUGCGGGAGAACUCGCUGCCCACCGAGGAAGAGCGCAAGGCUUGGCCAGCCGAGUUGACUGCCGAGGAGAAGGAGGAGCUGCGAGCAAAGGCCCGCAAACUGUUCAUCCAAAGUAGCGUGCCUGCAGCACUCAUGGGCAUCAUGGGUCAAUCUGCCACAAGCGAGGCGCUGGGAAGGCUGUUUGACUGCCUCCAAAUUGAGGAAGUUGCACGAGGCUUGUUCUUUGGCAUCAUGCUUCAAGCUGUUCGCGUUGUUACGCACUGA